UGUUCACUUCUGCCUCGAUACUUUGCGAGCAGUCGAGUCUCUGCUCUUGAAACCGCCCUCUCCUCCCGCUCGGUCGACGCUUCCGAGGUCGGUAGCGAGCUGCCCAACAACAUGCAAUUGAAGCACGAGGUCGCCUCGGGCGGUAUCGCCCCGGGCCCCGAGUCCAAGUUGGACCACCAGGGCCUCGAGACCGUCUCUCCCGGCCAGCAACACCUCCCGCUCGGCGCCAUCGGCGGGACGACCUAUGUCUCCGGCCAGCUGCUCGUUCAGCAGACGGCCUACAAGCUCUCGGACAAGAUCUUCUCCUUCUCGCCCGAGACCUUCGACCUCGACCAGGCCGUCCAGGAGUGGUCGCGCGCCGGCGAGAAGAACGCCCACGGCGAGGCCACCACGGUCGUGCCGCUGCAGACCAGGGCCGGCGCCGGCACCUUUGCGCUCGGCUACAUCUUCUCCAAGGAUUUCGACCUCCGCAAGCGUCACAUCCCCCAGACCCUGCUGGCGCCCUCGCUGAGCCUCCGCCACCUGCGGUCCGCCCUCGACCAGCUCUCGCUCCUCUACGGCGUUGCCAGCCCCUUUGUUGCCCACAUCGCCGCUGCCGACUACUCGGCCCACGACGGCCUCAUCACCGAGUACGAGAGCGCCCUGCAGAUUGCCGAGGACCUCGGCCUGGGCCUUGUGUCUAGUGUUUCUGCCUACGAGGCCCAGCACAUGUCGCUUCUGGCCACCCUGCUUGCUACCCUGCUGCCCACGCUCCACGUCUACGACGGGCUGCGCAUCGCGAGGGAGACGCUGCGGGUCGUCGACGCCUUGAGCGAGGCCGCCAUUGCCGAGAUCUACAAGAAGAUCGCCAAGGAGGCCGGCGCGCUGAACAAGAGACUGGACACUGCCGGAAAGGUGGUCGAGCUUCUUCGCCUUUUCAACGCCGAGCUUGGCACGUCCUACGCGCCCUUCGAGUACCAUGGCCACGAGGCGCCCGAGCUGGUCCUCGUGGUCUUCGGCAGCGCCGAAGCCCAGCUUGCCAAGCAGGUCGUGAAUUCCCUGGCCGCCGACGGCAAGAAGGUCGGCGCCGUCAACGUCCGUAUCUACCGGCCGUUCAUCGAAGAGGCCUUCCUCGAGGCUCUUCCCGAGUCGGUGCGGCAGAUUGCCGUCCUAGGCCAGGUCCGCGAUGCUGUGGCUGUGGAUGACGCCUCCGUGCAGUCCGCUUUGUACUCGGAUGUGCUCGCCGCCGUGUCCUUUGCCGACCGCUGGUUGCAGGAGCCGGCCGUUGUGGAUGUCAAGUAUGCCGCAUCCACCGUCCACACUCCCAGCUCGAUCGCCUCGAUCAUUCUCCGCCUCUCCAGCAAGGAUGGGCAGGAAAGCAUCAGCGUGGCCCUCCCUGCCCUGGAGCAGGCACGCCAGUACACUUUCUGGGAUGUCGACAACUCGGCCGCCGUCGCCGCGCCUUCGGCCGUUGGCAAGCUGCUCGCUCGCGAGUUCCCGAGCAACAUCUACGUCCAUGAGGUGUUCGAUAACCUCGUUCAGGGCGGCGCAGUUCGCACCGAUAUUCGGAGUUCCGAGAAGCCAAUUGAGGCCCCCUUUGCUGUCGAGGAGGCUGAUGUCGUCUUCGUCGGCGAAGAGAAGCUGCUCAAGGAUGUUGACAUUGUCAAGGGAUCCAAGUCUGGCGGCAAGCUCAUCCUCCGGCUGCCCGGCUUCAAGGAGGAUGACCUCGAGAAGCGGAUCCCUGCUUCGGCGAGAAAACAGAUUCGGGAGAAGGGCCUCGAGCUCUUCGUUCUCGACUCUUCGUACUCGCCCGCCCUGGAGAAGGAUGCCCAGCUGCUCACCCAGCUCGCCUUCCUGCGGGUCGCACGGCCCGAGAUCACGCUGGAGCAGCUCACCAAGCUCGGCGAAGUCGCUCAGGAUCAAGUGAUUCUGACCGAGCUGGCCGACGCCCUUCAGCAAGCGCUCAAGAAGGUUGAGGUCGCUGCUGCGUGGAGCGAGGCUGCCGCCGAGGGCCUGGCGAGGCCCCUUGCCCAGGGGCUGAAGCCGACCAGCUUUGUGCCCUUCCAGAAGGACGAGCCGGAGGCGGCGCUGAAGCUCAACAGCUGGCAGGAAGCCGCCAAGGGCCUCGUCUUCAAGGAGGCGUACAGCACGCAGGUCGACCUGCGUCCCGACCUUACGGUCAAGACCUUCACCGUCCACGUCAAGGAGAACCGCAGACUCACGCCGCUCGACUAUGACCGCAACAUCUUCCACAUCGAGUUCGACCUCGGCGAUUCCGGGCUCACCUACAACAUCGGUGAGGCGCUCGGCAUCCACGCGGACAACGACCCGCAGCAGGUUCUCGAGUUCAUCGACUUCUACGGGCUCAAUGCCGACGACCUCGUGCAGGUGCCCUCGCGCGAGGACCCCAGCAUCUCGGAGACGCGCACUGUCUAUCAGUCGCUGGUCCAGAACAUCGACAUCCUGGGCAAGCCGCCCAAGCGUUUCUUCGAGUCCCUCGCCGAGUUCGCCACGGACGAGACCGAGAAGAAGAAGCUCGCGUUCCUCGGCGGCAAGGAGGGUGCCGACGAGUUCAAGCGCCUGUCAGAGGUCGACACGGUCACGUAUGUCGACGUCCUGCAGACCUUCACUUCGGCGCAUCCGCCCUUCGCGGACCUCGUGCGCAUUGUCGCGCCCCUCAAGCGCCGCGAGUACAGUAUUGCCUCUGCUCAGGCCGUCACGCCGACUUCGGUGGCCUUGAUGAUCGUUGUCGUCGACUGGGUCGACACCAAGGGCCGCAAGCGCAUCGGCCAGGCCACGCGCUACCUCUCGCAACUCGAGGUUGGCGCCGCCGUCACGGUUUCGGUCAAGCCCUCGGUUACGAAGCUCCCCGCCAAGGACACGGCGCCCUUGAUCAUGGCCGGCCUCGGCACCGGUCUCGCCCCCUACCGCGCCUUCGUGCAGUACCGCGCCAUGCAGAAGGCGCAGGGCAAGGAGAUCGGCCCCAUCCUGCUGUACAUGGGCAGCCGCCACCGGCGCGAGGAGUACCUGUACGGCGAGGAGUGGGAGGCGUACCUCGACGCCGGCGUCAUCACGCUGCUCGGGGCUGCCUUCUCGCGCGACCAGCCGCAGAAGAUCUACAUCCAGGACCGGAUGCGGCAGACCUUGCCCGACAUCAUCAAGGCGUACAUCCACCAGGAGGGCUCAUUCUACAUGUGCGGGCCGCCCUGGCCGGUGCCGGACGUCACGGCCGUGCUGGAGGAGGCCAUCGCGGCGGACGCUAAGGAGAGCGGGCGCAAGGUGGAUCCCAGGAAGGAGAUCGAGCGGCUGAAGGAGGCCGGCCGCUACGUGCUGGAGGUGUAUUAGACGCUGCGAUGUAUAUAGCGAGCCAUUUUUUGCCUUUUUCUUUUCUUGAAUAACUACCAUUUUGGUCAUGCUCGUGGUUGUGUGUUGCCGUUGGAAUUGUGAACAGCCCCUGAGAUCGUCAACAGUCGUGUCACACCGCCGUUGCCAGCCGCAACGGAGGUGUGCGGGGCAAGUGGACUGGAGGAUGCCACACGAACCCUCAUGUGGCCCGAGAGUCGGGAUCAAGAAAUAGGCGAAUAGCCUAUGGAGGGCGGGGAAGUGGGCCCCAACUCCGCUGCCACCGACUCGGUAGUUGCUUAGCCGGGACGUGGGGAAGGGGAGCUCGGUCCGGGGGGAAGGUCGUGCCUCGGAGUUUCGGCGAGUGCAGACGCUCGCUGUUCUUCCUGAUGUCUGCUCAGAACAUCACAUCUCCCACCCCUUGUACCAGGGGACUUUUGGAUCUGAAUAUAAACCUGAAAGUAAAUCUCCGUAUCCCGUAAACAUCCCAAUUGACUCCGAACAUGGGAGCAGCCAUCCGCGUUUUGCCCAAUGUAGGUUGCUCCCUCACUCUCUCACAUCUCACUCAACCUUACACAACAAGCC